UUACUAUUUUUUUGAUUUUUAUUGAAUAUAUCAAUUACUCUUUGAAAGAUGAUGUUUGUUUGUUUUUAGUGUUUAAAGGAGCACAUGCCCUAGGUCUUUCUAAUGGAAAGGAUUCAGAAACUUGGAGCAUUACUUUUGGCAUUGCUUGUUGGGUCUUAUGGAAGCAGCGCAAUGAUUUUGUGUUUAACAACAACAGUUGCAGCUCCGUCACUCUUGCGCUCGAAGUUCGCCGGAUGGUGGAUUACACUACUCAAGCUCAGCGCUACGCCCUUCUUUCCAAUCCAGGUCUGCGAAGUGAGCAUGAAGUUCUUAUUGGCUGGAGUCCUCCUCCCCCUUUUGUGCUUAAGAUCAACACUGAUGGGGCGCUUCGGACUUCAGAGAAUAAAGCUGCUUCAGGUGGCGUUGCUCAGAAUAACAACGGCGAUUGGGUUUUUGGGUUCAGCAGAUAUAUUGGUUAUUGCUCAGUUAUCCAGGCUGAACUUUGGGGAGCUUUGGAUGGUUUAGAUAUUGCUUGAAAUAGAGGCUCUAGAAAUAUUAUUCUGGAAAUGGAUAGCUUGCUCGCGGUGGAAAGUCUUAUGCGCAAUGACAUGACGACUAAUGCCAAUACUAACCUGCUGCUUGCCAUCAGAAACCUUAUGCGCAGGGACUGGCACGUUUGUAUCCAGCAUAUUCAUGGGGAAGGCAACCGUUGUGUCUACAAGAUGGCGAGUGUUGGCCUCACUCAUACUUUGGGGCUGCGAAUCUACGACAACAUGUUAGCUAAUUGUUCCAGUUUUAUUCUUGAUGAUGUUGCGGGUGUUUCGAUUCCCCGUAUGUGUCGUUUGGUUUAGUUUUUCCCUGGCCUUGGCCAAUCCUUUUGUAGCAAAAAAAAAAAAAGAAGCACAUGCCAAAUCGCACCCAGCACUCAUAUAUAACAUGUUUCUAGAGAUGAUAUAA